GACGAGGGUAGUUUCCAUUCGCUUGUGGAAGAUGGCUGCAGACGGUGGUUACCACUAUCCUCUCAUAGUCGAGGGCAAAUGGGAUUUGGACGACGCUACCUUUUUCAGAAAUAAACUGCAGAUUUAUUUCCAAAGCAAGAAGAAAUCUAACGGCGGAGAAUGUAUCGUGGAAUAUGACGAUCCUGUCUCAAACCAAGCCGUGGUACGCUUCGUCAGUGACGAAAUAAGGUCCCUUGUUUUGGAGAAGAAAACUCACCAGAUUGAUCUGCAAAAGAAAGGGAUUAUUAAUCUUACUGUCAGACUUCCAUCUGAGACAGCUGUGGGCAAGGAUGAGGCAGGAGCAACACAAACUCCAGAUCAAAAUAUUCAUGGCAUCUUUCCUAUAGCUGUGUGACCAGAUCUGUGCAAAGUACACCAAGUGUGGUCUCACGAGCAACUUGUACAGUGACAAUAUGAUGUCCCAACUCCUGUAAUCAACGCCCCGACCAUUGAAGGACAAGGAAAUGCCAGCCCCUCCCAUGUUGCUGAUGCAAUGAUUGAUUCAGUUGUGGAAUUUAUAAAGAAGAAACCUUCAGCUUCUUUGCAGAAGAUUCGCAUCGUAAUUUUUCAACCUCAAAUGUUAAGUGAAUUUCACAACAGGAUGAAAGUGCGUGAAGGAUCUAAUAUUCCAGUUAAUGAAUCUUUAAUGAAAAAAAAUCAAAUGCAAUUACAUCAGUGUUUUGGGGGGAACAGAAGAAAAAAAAUGCAGUCUCCUUCAUUGAAGAAAAUAUUGAAUUCAAAGAUGGGAUAGAGACAGCUCAUUUUGAGAUCUGUGGAAACAAUGAGCAAACUAUUGAAAGUACUAUAUCCUUCAUAAAAAGUACGGUUUCAAAAGAUCAGAGUGAAGAAGUUAUUAUCAAUGAUUUCUUAUUUAAAUUCUCUGAAAAUGAACAUGAAGAAUUACAUCGUCUUCAGAAAAGUCUUCAAAUCUCUUUGGAACUACAACGCAGCCAAUCUGGAGCUCAGAUAAAAAUCUGUGGUAUCACAAAGGAUGUUCUGAAGGCCUCUACAAAAAUUCACAGGAUGAUUGAAGACGUCAGAAGAAAUGAAUUUGAAAAAGGAGGAACACUAACUGAUAGCCUACCAACACAUUGGGAUGACAUGCAAAAUUUACAAAGUAAAUCUGUGGAGCUCCAACAGAAUUCCAAAGAAUAUCAGGAUGUAGCACAAUCAUUCAAAGCAACUGUUGCGCAGCGUCAGAUUGUAAAGAUUGAAAGACUUCAAAACCCAUGUCUUUGGAAAAAUUAUAUGAUUAAAAAACAGCAGUUUGAUAACAAAAAUCCACGUGGAACUAAUAAUGAGAGGAAUUUAUUCCAUGGAACUGCACCAGAUGCACUCAGUUUAAUCAGUCGUCAUGGAUUCAACCGGAGCUAUGCUGGAAGGAAUGCCACAAUGUAUGGGAAUGGCACCUAUUUUGCCGUAAAUGCAAGCUAUUCUGCUCACAACACUUACUCAAAACCUGACGCGAAUGGAAUGAAGUACAUGUAUCGUGCCCGAGUACUAACUGGAAUCUACUGUCGAGGACAGGGUGGAAUGGUCGCACCCCCUUCAAAAAGUCCAAGUGAUCCAACAGACUUGUAUGACAGUGUUGUGGAUAACACAGCAACUCCUUCCAUGUUCAUUAUUUUCAAUGACAUUCAAGCUUACCCAGAAUAUUUAAUUACUUUCAAAUAACUAAAUUAUUUCAGAUAUGAAAACAUCAUAUUGGAAUUUAAUUUUUCUCUAAUUCUUUCAUUGAAUUCCACUGUUGAAAUCAUAGCUUUUCAUUUUGGGGUCAUAAUGUUGAACAGCUACUGAAAAGGUUGAGUGUUUCUUGUCAAAGAUACACUUUCAAUUCCAGAUACAGAGGGUAGUUGACUACAUUGGUUGAUAUGAAUACAAUAUCCCUAAUGCUAACUUCUUAUGAUCUCUCUGCAUAGAUAGAAAGUGCAUAUCUGUUAGAAAUGAAUGUUGUAAAUGAUGAGCACACCUUAAAUCAGACAAAUAUGUAUAUUACUCAGAGCACAUAUGAUUAUCUAUCAACCAGGCCUGUGACCUAGUUACCGCAGAACUGAGAAGACAAUAAUGAGCCAACCACUUGGAUGGGCUUAGAGUCAUACAGAUACAAAUUAAACCAGAUACAAAUUAAACCAGAUACACUUUGACAUCUGGGAGAUGGAGGGAUCUCGGCUAAGUUUUGUCAUCAGAGCCACAUAUGACCUCCUACGCAUACCCCAGAACCUGAACCAGUGGUGGGGAGAAGACCCCGCUUGCUCUCUUUGUUAAGCACCUGGAUCACUAAGGCACAUUUUAACAGGAUGCACCACGAGCCUCAUCCAGGAACGGUACACUUGGCGGCAUAACUACGAUCUCAGACAGCUGGCAUCAAUCUUGGAACAGAGGCGAAUCACCACAAAUGCUCUCCCACAAACAUCGGCAGGAAAUGUCCACAUCACACGGUUUGUACCAGCAGGCCAUCCUCCAGAGCACCAGAUAACAUCUAAAGAUAUAAGCAUUCUGCAGGUUGCUCGGGAUUGGAAAAUGGACGUGGACUUGGAAAAAAAGCUUGUGUUUUCCCCAGACAUUGCGGCUACAACACUCCGGCCAGACAUGGCCCUGUGGUCCACAACAGCCAAGCUGGCAUAUGUUGUGGAAUUGGUAGUACCAUGGGAACAUGGUGUCGAAGAAGCUUAUGAGAGGAAAAAGAUCAAGUACUCUGAACUGGCAACUGAAGCUGCCCAGAAUGGCUGGAAGACCAAGAUUUUCCCUGUAGAAGUGGGAUGCAGGGGAUUCAUUGCUACAUCUACCACCAGUCUAUUGAAGAAGAUGGGGGUGAGGGGUCACUCCCCUCCAACAAGCAAUCAAGUCCUUGUCAAAUGCAGCAGAAGAAAGCAGCAAUUGGAUUUGGAUUAAAAGGAAAGACAACAACUGGGCUGCAAGAUGAAGAUAGGAGGGUAUGGAACUGAGGGGGUUGUAUCUGGGACGCCAGGUAGCACCAUUGAACCCUCUGGAGACGUCGUGGGCUUAUCAAUGAAACGUCAAAGAAGGAGGGUGCCCACCUGAUGACCCCGAUGAUGUACCUACCCUCUCUCCUUGUCACCACUCCAAGCCCACUGCCAACAUUGAGAGUGCCAACUUACCAUAGGGAUCGAAACAUCAAGUCCUAGUAGCUCUACUAAUCUACUCUACAUGCAAUCUGCCAGUUUCACAGCUACUAUUUCUGAUUGAAGUUUUUUAUUAAAGACAUAUUUAAUCAUUUGAAUUGAAAUUUAUCAACUGUCAUGCUAUGAUUCGUUUAAAGUAAAAAGCACAUGGAAAGGUGACUUACUGAGGAUAGAGAAAACAAAGGCAGAUCUGGAUUUUCCACUAAACAACAAGGGAGUUCUUCAGAGAAUCAAUCCCAUAACAUCUCACACCAGCCUGUCUGGCGUCUUGUACUGCCAAAUUGAGGCCAGAUGUCAAUUAGAGGAAUAGCACCUCGUAUUCCAUCUUGGUAAUCUCCAAAUGAUGGCAUGAACAUCAAUUUCUCCAGCUUCUGGUAACCACUCCUAUCUGCCUCAGCCUUUUGUUUUCCCAUUCUCACUGGCCGCGUUACCUCUUCUCUUUAUCCUGCCUUUUCAAUCUGCCAUUAUAUACACAUUCCUCCCUUCAGUUCUUCACUCACUUCCUUCCCUUUAUUCCACGGUCCACCACCCUUUCCAUCUUCAGCCCUUUGUCACUUCCAAGCUUAUUACAUUGUUCCUAGUCCCUUCACCACCUGCCUAUCUUCUGCCUCUCUACUGGAUUUACCUAUUACAUGCCAGCUCUCAGUCCACCCCCUCCCUCCACCCUUCUGUUCUGGCUUCUCCCCUGUUUCUUUCCAGUCCUGAAUCUGUAGAUGCUGUCUGACCUGCAGUGCCUACUGCAUUUUCUGAGUUGCUCCAGAUUUCCAGCAGCUACACAGUAUUCUUACAUCACCACAUUAGACUUGUUGAUUCAGCCGCUGCUGUCUUGAGACUUCAAAAAACAACCUUGUAUCUUUAACAGAAGGGUGUUGAACCUCAAUCUGUGCCCCUUUUCUGUUCUCUUCCUUGAUAAAAAUUCACUCUUGGAAAUUGCCAAGCCUAUUGUGACCAUUGCUUCAAUCUGCCCAUUUUCAAUGUUUUUUUAGAUUUAUCCAUUAACCAGUUGAUUUUCCAUAGCGUUCUAAAAAUGAAAAGGGGAAAUUUUUAUCAUACUAAAUUCUUUAAAUGAUUCAUUAAUAGGUAAUUUUUUUGAUUUACUAUCUUAACCCAGAAAAUAAACAACUGUGUAUUUUCUUAUAACUACGUGCACUUUGUUUAAACAGCAAUUAUUAAUCCUUGAUGGAUGCUUGAAUUAAUUUAUUUGAGUGCGUGCCUUACUGUGUAUAAAUUUCAAGAAACUUGGUAAAACAGUGCAAAUAUAAUCAGUUGUCAAUUCAAACAUCUCUAUUAAACAUUACAAUUAGGCUGCUUGUGCUUCCCAGUUAAGCUUCAGAUUAUCCUGGGCAAAAAAAAGUUCCACUUGCUUCUAAGUUUUUUGGUCUUAAUUAUUCAAAAUAGUGCUCAAGGCUUCAUGCUUCUUGGCUGGAAGGAUUGAAUUGGGCACAACUUUUUUUUUCCUCAGCCAUCUACAGUAAAUUUUCUGGCUGAGUUGGGGAAAUGUUCUGAAUUGCAUUAGUAAUAAUUUAUUACUCAGGUAAGUUUAUUGAUAUUUAACUAUAUACAUGUAUAUAACAUAUAUAACCAUAUAAUAUAUGUAGAAACAAGACAAUGUUUCUCCGAACCAGGGUGUAAUGCAUAAUAGAACACAUAACACACAAUAAAUUAUGGAAGUUUCAAAGUACUUUUAUUAUCAAAGAAUUUAUAAAUUAUGAAGAUAAUGAUGUUUAAAGAGGUGGCAUUAUCUCUACCAAAGUAUGAACUUAAACUGCCAGAUCAGAGAAAUUGUAAAGAUUUUGGUCAUUUGAUUCCACAGCUAAGUGUUUCCUGUUUUCCCUGGACACCAUCAGUUGCUGCUUCAUCAUUCUCUCUCUCUCCCAGAUAAUCUUUCUUACUGGUGCUCUCUAAAUUACCUUGUGAUAUACCUUGCAGUCGAAUGCAUACAUCCUCCUGAUCAUUAUCUGAGUAGGUGUGAAUAAGUAAAGUACCAUUAUGAAGCAGUGAAAUUCAUCCCACAAAUCAGAAUAUACAAUUGGGAAAUAAUAGAAGGCAAUAAAAUUAAUUGGAACGUGUGAUUACGACAAACAGUUUGUACUGUUUGCAGUUGUGUCCAGUGCUCCUAUUGCAGCCUGCUCUACAUUAGUGAGACCUGUCAUAAAGUGGGGAAAUGCCCCAUCGAGCACCUCCAUUCCAUCCACCAAAAGAGGAAUUCCUGGUGGCUAAACAUUUUAAUUUCCAUUCCCAUUCCCAAUCUGUAGUUGUGAACUUCACGAUUCAGGACAUUUACAAAGACAGAUGUGUAAAAAGGGCCUGAAGGAUUAUUGGGGACCUGAGUCACCCCAACCACAAUCAAUUCCAGUUGCUACCAUCCGGGAAAUGGUACCACAGCAAAAAAACCAGCAUCAACAGGCUCUGGGACAGCUCCUUCCACCAGGCCAUCAGACUGAUUAAUUCAUGCUGAUUUGAGUGUAUUUGUAUGUUACAUUUACUAUUCUACUUAUUAUAAAUCACUAUGAUUGCAAAUUGCAGAUUUAGACAGAGACGUAAAGAUUUUUACUCAUGUAUG